UUCAUCAUUCUUGUUGUUGACAGCAUUGAUAGAGAACGACUUUCUAUUACAAAAGAAGAACUUUAUAGAAUGCUGGCUCAUGAGGAUUUACGGAAGGCUGCAGUUCUCAUCUUCGCAAACAAGCAGGACAUGAAAGGUUGCAUGACAGCUGCCGAGAUAUCUACAUACCUCACCCUCAGCUCCAUAAAGGAUCACCCUUGGCACAUUCAGUCCUGUUGUGCUUUGACAGGAGAAGGAUUAUGCCAAGGCUUGGAGUGGAUGACCUCCCGCAUUGGAGUGGUAAAGAGCUUGAGUAUCCCGAAGCCAGGGAUCAUUUCCAGCUAUUUAAACACACUGCACACA